UCAAUGGAGAACAAGACAGAAGUGACACAGUUCAUCCUACUGGGGCUGACCAAUGACCCAGAUCUUCAGGUUCCCCUCUUUGUAACUUUCCUCCUGGUCUAUGUCAUCACUCUAGUUGGGAACCUGGGGAUGAUCCUACUAAUUCUCUUGGACUCUCAUCUCCACACUCCCAUGUACUUUUUCCUCAGUAACCUGUCUCUGGUGGAUUUUUGUUACUCUUCAGCUGUCACUCCAAAGAUCAUGGCCGGGCUCCUUAUAGGAGACAAAGUCAUGUCCUACAAUGAUUGUGCUGCUCAGAUGUUCUUUUUUGGAGCCUUUGCUACUGUAGAAAAUUACCUCUUAGCUUCAAUGGCCUAUGACUGCUAUGCAGCAGUAUGUAAGCCCCUACAUUACACCACCACCAUGACAACAAGUGUCUGUAUAAAUCUGACCAUAGGUUCCUAUAUCUGUGGUUUUCUGAAUGCCUCCAUUAACAUUGGUGAAAUAUUCAGCCUCUCCUUUUGUAAGUCCAAUAUAAUCCAUCACUUUUUUUGUGAUUUUCCAGCAGUUAUGGUUCUCUCUUGCUCUAAUAGACAUGCUAUUGAGCUGGUUUCUGUUUACACAGGGAACUUUAAUGUCUUUUUUGCUCUCCUAAUUAUCUGGGUAUCCUACAUAUUCAUUUUUGCAAGCAUCUUGAAGAUUCACUCAGGUGCUGGACAUCAGAAAGCUGUGUCCACCUGUGCCUCCCACUUUUGUGCAGUCUCCAUUUUCUAUGGGACAAUUAUCUUCAUGUACUUACAGCCCAGCUCCACUCAUUCUAUGGACACAGACAAAAUUGCAUCUGUGUUUUAUACUAUGAUAAUUCCCAUGCUGAAUCCUAUGGUAUAUAGCCUGAGGAACAAGGAGGUCAAAAGUGCAUUCAGGAAAAUUUAUGGUAAUUUGUUAACACUAUGUUCAUUUUGA